UGGAGAGAGAUGCAUGGAAAAAAGUAUCAAUCUUUGAUUCGAUUUGGCAGUUUAGUUCGUUGAUCGGUAUUAGUUUCUUUCAGUUAUUGAAAAUUUGUUGUAGAUCAGAGUAUCUGUGGGCUGACUUUAUAUGCUCAAGGUUGGUCUAUAGGGUUUGAGUACUUCAGACUGAUCAGUUUAGUUUGCUAAUUUUGUGAUGAAUGUGGGCUAACUUGGAAGGAUUGGAGGUUGUUGAUACAAGGGUUGGGGUUUAUUUGAGGUUGAGAUAGGUGAGGGAGAAAGGAGGUUGUGAUGUCUUUCAAGAGUAUACUUCAGGAUAAGAAAGGCGAGUUUGGAAGCAGUUGGAGGAAACGUUUUAAUCUGAAAUUUAGUUAUGGGAUGAUAUCUAGGUCUCACCGGGUGGUUCAGGACACCUCGUUCAGGAUUGAUGCUUUGAAGCAGAGUUGUUGGGCUAACGUGCCGCCGGAGCUUUUGAGGGAGGUGUUGAUGAGAAUUGAGGCGUCUGAUGAUACAUGGCCUCUGCGGAAAAAUGUGGUCGCUUGUGCUGGCGUGUGCAACAAUUGGAGGGAGAUGAUGAAAGAGAUUGUGAAGUCCCCAGAAGUUUCGGGCAAGCUGACAUUCCCAAUCUCCUUGAAGCAGACUGGUCCCAGGGACUUCCUUCUCCAGUGUUAUAUAAAGCGUAGCAACCAGGCAUAUUAUCUUUUCCUGGGCUUACAUCAAGCUUCAACUGAAGAUGGGAAGUUCCUUCUUGCUGCGAGAAAGCGUAGACGCCUAACAUGCACAGAUUACAUCAUCUCUCUGAAUUCUGAAAACGUGUCAAAAGGGAACAGUGCCUUUGUUGGAAAGCUCAGAUCAAAUUUUCUGGGUACCAAAUUUACAAUCUAUGAUGCGCAACCAAGUAAUACUGGAGCCAAUGUCACUAAAUGUCAUUCCACCAUGAAACAAGUGUCACCCAGAGUUCCUGCUGGCGACUAUCCUGUGGGCCACAUUGCUUAUGAGUUGAACGUCUUGGGUUCCAGAGGUUCAAGGAGAAUGAAGUGCGUACUGGAUGCCAUCCCUGCUCCUGCUGUUGAGCCAGGAUGUGCCCCUACGCAGACUGAAUUUGUCGAUAGCAAUUCGGAUAGUAUUCCAUCUCUCCCUCUCUUCGGGUCAAAAUCAGGUCCCGCGGUGAGUGUCCAAUCUGGACAACAAUCUGGUCAGAAUGAAGGGAUGCUGGUAUUAAGGAACAAGGCACCUAGGUGGCUCGAACAACUCCAGCGCUGGUGCUUGAACUUCAAUCGACGAGUAACCGAAGCUUCAGUCAAGAAUUUUCAGCUGGUUGCUUCUCCAGAGAACGGAGUUGCUGCUGACCCAGAGCAUGAGAAUGUCAUUCUCGAGUGUGGAAAAGUAGGCAAAGAUGUAUUCACAAUGGAUUACCAGUAUCCAAUCUCAGCCUUCCAGGCAUUUGCUAUUUGCAUUAGCAGCAUUGACUCCAAGAUUGCUUGUGAAUGAGUAGCAAGCAAGUUGCAAUCCAGUACAGGUGUUAGGAGUCACAGUGUUUCCGCUAAUAGUAGUUUUUAGUUUGUACUAUGCAUGAUGAAAACAAGUUCGUCUCUCUUUUACGUUUAAAAAGAUAAAUAGAUAAAUAAAUACUAAUGACUC